ACUGACGCGCACGACGUCUCCCCUCUAUUGUUAUUGUGGCGUGCGCGAGGGGAACAGACAGGAUGCACGAGGAGACAGUGGGGCUGAUAAAAGGAUAAAACAACCGAGAAACAUCAAGCUAGCGCUUUAGCCUAGAAAGCCGGGAAAUAAACACUAGCUCGUUACAUUACAGGACUUUAGGGAGACAUUAGCCGCGUAAAGGCACAGCGGUUCGUUACAUAGGAUUAAUACAAAGGAGUAUAAACACAGACCACACGUACGGCUUGCUAUCUUUCUGCCCAACUUCUUCUAUCCACUCCGGCUGAUGUGGACUGACUCAGAGCUUGGCCAUCACGAUGCUGGGGAACUUUCUGGUCACUCAUUGGCCGACCAACUUAAUACCAGCAGCAUCAUGUCAGUGAACCCUCCGAGCAGCAAUGACGCCUGCCUCAGCAUCGUGCACAGCCUCAUGUGCCACAGGCAGGGCGGGGAGAACGAGGGCUUCGCCAAGCGGGCCAUCGAGAGCCUGGUGAAGAAGCUGAAGGAGAAGAAGGACGAGCUGGACUCGCUCAUCACCGCCAUCACAACCAACGGCGUACAUCCCAGCAAGUGUGUGACCAUCCAGAGGACGCUGGAUGGACGGCUGCAGGUGGCGGGGAGGAAAGGUUUUCCUCACGUCAUUUAUGCACGGUUGUGGCGCUGGCCCGACCUCCACAAAAAUGAACUCAAGCAUGUCAAGUUCUGCCAGUACGCCUUUGACCUGAAGUACGACAACGUCUGCGUCAACCCCUACCACUACGAGAGGGUGGUGUCGCCUGGCAUCGGUACGUCAGCUUCAUACUUCUCAGUUGGUCUCAGCCUUCAAAACACAGCAGCAGCCGGCGGCGGCCUGAUCAAAGAGGAGUACAUCCAUGACUGCAUACAGAUGGACCUCCCGCCUGGCAUGCCUCUGUCUGACCACCAAGCAGCCCUGAAGCUCCCUCCUGCAGACCUCUACGGGCAGCCACAGCUCUCCUCUGAGCCCCAUGGACCCCCACCCGUCACCAGAUACAACCUGCCUGUCUCACCCAAAGUGUCCGGCUCCGGCUCCAUGCUGCCUCUGCAGGGGGGCCACCCUGACGGACGGCUCCAAACGCCAUCUCCACAGGCUCAGGGCAUGACCCCGGCUCCACGACCUCUGACCCCGACCCAACCCACUCCUCAGCAACAGGCUGGCCAGCAACCCUCACAGCCCCCCCACCCACAGCAGCCCCCCCUACCUCCUUCUCACUCGCAUGGACAGAACGGGUACAGCAGCAAUAAACACUCUCAGAGCCAGGCGGCCUUCCACACAGUGUGGACCGGCAGCAGCACAGCCUCCUACACUCCUAUAGGACCCCAGCAGAAUGGGCAGGGUCACCAACAACCCCCCCUCCAUCAUACCAACCACCACUGGUCCCAGCAUCAUGGCACCACCUCUUUCCCUCCAUCUGUGUCCAACCACCCAGGACCAGAGUUUUGGUGCUCCAUCUCCUACUUUGAAAUGGACGUUCAGGUGGGGGAGAUGUUCAAGGUGCCCUCCAGCUGCCCGGUGGUCACCGUGGACGGUUACGUCGACCCGUCAGGAGGAGACCGCUUCUGCCUCGGCCAGCUGAGCAACGUCCACCGCACAGACGCAAGUGAAAGAGCCAGGUUGCACAUAGGUAAAGGCGUGCAGCUGGAGUGCCGUGGGGAGGGCGAUGUGUGGAUGCGCUGCAUGAGCGACCACGCUGUGUUCGUACAGAGCUACUACCUGGACAGAGAGGCCGGCCGGGCCCCAGGGGACGCUGUGCACAAGAUCUACCCCGGGGCCUACAUCAAGGUGUUUGACCUGCGGCAGUGCCACAGACAGAUGCAGCAGCAGGCUGCGACUGCGCAGGCUGCAGCUGCAGCGCAGGCUGCUGCUGUGGCAGGAAACAUCCCCGGGCCAGGCAGCGUCGGAGGCAUCGCACCUGCAGUUAGUCUGUCUGCAGCCGCGGGGAUCGGGGUGGACGACCUGAGGCGUCUAUGUAUCCUGCGGCUCAGCUUCGUAAAGGGUUGGGGGCCCGACUACCCCCGGCAGAGCAUCAAACACACCCCCUGCUGGGUGGAGGUCCACCUGCACCGCGCUCUGCAGCUGCUGGACGAGGUGCUGCACACUAUGCCAUUGGCAGACCCAGGGCCUGCUAACUGAGGACCAACGUGUUCAAUAUGAACUGUAUGAAUGUGCACACACACUCACACACAUACACACACACACACACACAUACACCUGUUGCCAAAUAUGCUAUUAAAUUGAUACACGAAGCAAAUCAAUGAGAAAUACAGGAAACAUCGAGGACCAAUAACAUUAUGCUUUUAACAAUCAAUGCACACACGCACACACACUGCAACCAAACUGUCUGCAGCCACACAGACACACACACAUGUUUCUAAUGCUUUACUCUGCAAUCUAAAGUCAAACACAAGGGAGGAAAGAUUCUCACCAACCUGUGUUCUGAAGACAUUUGUAUGCACUGCAGAAAUCCAGUUUCCCUAUAUGCAAUUGGGAUUUCUUGAAAUUGUAGCAGUGUUCUGCAAAUUAAUUCAUGACAAAACACAGACAUGUCAAAAGUAAUGGAGUUCAUUCACAGUGAAUACACACAGUGUUACAGGUGUGUUUGGGUGGCAGAUGGAUGCAUAAAGGAGCCCAGUGUUUAUGUCAUCUCUGUGCUCGUACUGUAUGUCCAUCUCAACUCAAACUGUUAGCAUCGAUAGCUGGUUAGCCCUCUUAUUACGCUCAGCUCAAGCUAUAUUAUUUUUGUACCAAAAGACUAAAAAGCCAAAAACAUUUAGCUUUAAGUAGUGUUGUUGUUCUUUGUAAUGAAACAGUGCUACCCUGUAUGUAACCAAAAGCCAAAAUACCUCAUAACUACAGUGCAAAGUCACGAUUACGUUCUCCGCCUGAAGCGCACACACUGUUCUUCACUGACUGGCUGAAGUGGGUGAGAGCAGCCCUCUGUUAGCAUUCUGGCUCCAACACUCCCUUAGUUUGCGUUCCUUUAGCUUUAUGAUGUAGCGUGCUGUGCUGUGCAGAACUUGAUGAUUGGACCGAUGAGCAGAACUUAUACCGAUGACUGAAUAGCUCCGGAGACAGAAACCUGAGUGCCUCUCUGUUCUCAUCUCUGACAGUGUGCUCACUCUAUUUCAAUCAGAGCCCUGUUUUUUAUAUGUGGCCCAACCAAAGCAGACUAUCAUGCUGAUAUCAGGCUCAAGUAAUCCUGCUUUUAAUCAUGCAGCUAAUAGAGUGGUGCACUGAUGACAUCUUUUUGUAGGCUGACCCCGGAAGAUAGCAUCGCUAGACCUCUCGAUAAAAAAGAAUGGGAUUUUUUAUUGGAUUUGGGAAUUUUGCAGAAAAUUCUCUCUGGAAAACACACGUUUAUGAUACUUACAUGUUUUGUCCUUCUGGUCCGGGGCCCCAAGCAGUUGCCUGCCUUGCCUGUUGGCAAGCGGCGCCCCUGCAUACAAGCUUCAGAUAUUUACACGUGGGGUAUUUACUGACAUAAAAAACAUUCAAAUCUCCUUAGCUUGUGGUAACCACAGACCUUAUUUCAUGGUUUCAACCACAAACAUGUUCAAAAAACUGUUGAUUCCAAGAUGAGGGAACCGGAGGUGCUAAAAUGCUGACUCAUUUCAGGGUUUCAGGACUCAUUCCUGCACCACUCUGUUUGGUUAUUUGGAUGGAUUUGUUGAUCCCUAAUUAAGCUAUCUUUAAAAAAUGAUGCGCUCUUCUUUUAUAAUAAAAGUCAAAUAAGUACAGAGUUGAACCAUACACAGCAUUUAGAUGAUUGGCUGUGUGCUGAUCAUGUGAUCGUGGUUACAUGAGGUUGAUGUGUAGGGAACACUCCCAGUUAAAGUUAGUCCUUCCCAAUGUUUCUCUCCCGUGAAUGACUGAACGCUGUGUCACUUUAAAUGUUGCGGCCGUAAGGUUCAAGGUUCAAGGUUCUUUAUUGUCAAUCUGACAUAGCUACAGAGUAAUUAUGUAGUUGAAAAUCUUAUGUCACAGGCUUCUCCAACAAUGCAAGGAAUUGUGGGACAGCAUUAUCUCCAGUGUUUCAUAAAGGAUGGCUCAGAUAAUAAAGGAAGCAUUGAAGCUCUUUUCCCAUCAUCUAAUCAAACAGCUCUUAUCAUGACUGACACUGAGGUACUUCCGGGUCAUUUCCCUCCGUUAGGAACCUUCCUAAGAAAAAAAGAGUAUUCGACCACAAUCUAAGUCACAUUUUAUUUUACGGGUGUCAUUUUCUUCUACAUGUGUUUAGUGGUGUGGACCCAAUGAAAGGGUACAAUGUAACCAGUAUCAAAUGGUACCAUCUACUACAGGGAGUUUAGAUCCAAGAGUGGGUAAUGUUCUGACGGCUCGUUCUGUGGAGUGCUGAGAGGAGAGGUCAUGUGAUUCAGCUGCUUAUCAAACAUCAGCCAUAUGCAUAUUUGUGAUUUGUGCCUUUUGUUCUCAGCCAUAGAUGCACCAACACUGGACCCUCACACACACACACACACACACACACACACACACACACACACGCAGGUUUCUCUCUCCACACAUGAAGGUUCAUGUUGCACAUUGUGAUUUCAGAUGUUUCAGUCUUUGGGUGUUAUUCUGUGGUUCCCUCAGGUAUCUGUGUAGUUCAAUGAAGAUAUCACAAUGUGUCCAACUUUCUUCUAGAGAUAGUAUUAAGAGAGCACUCAUCUUACCUGAGUAGUAUUAUUUAUUGCCUUUUGUGAGUGUAAAACAUGAAUGAGUACGCGUUGCACUAUUUUAAUCUUAGCAUGGACAACUCAAAUAGAUGUCAUAUUUAUCUCUGCUCUGCUGCCCAUGUUCAGGGAGGUACAAGCAGGCUUUCUCAGAUAAUGAGCAAACCCUUCAUCACCAUCAUCAUCAUCAUCAUCAUCAUCAGAGGAUUAUCCCCAUCACACACACAUCACCUCGAACACAUGUCCACAAGUGCUUUGCAUUCAGCGCCUGUAUCUGUGCACAUCUGUGGAUGUACAUGUCCAGAGAACUAAACCCAGCUUCAACUGUCAUUUUGUGGGUUUGUCAUUUUAAAAAUGUCAAAUGAUGCUUUAUUUGAUACUUCUCAGAGGGAAAUAGCUUGUCUGUAGAGACAAAUCAAACAUUUGUGCAUGUUCAUCUGAAGUCUACCACCAAGAUACUCUAUCUUCCCCGCAGUGACGACCAUAUGACCAGAAUUCAAAUCAUUUACCUAAGUAAAAGUGCUAAAACCAAACUGUGCAUACUCUUGUUACAAGUAAAAGUACUGAAUACAAAAUGUUACUUAAGUGGAAGUCAAAUCAGCAAAACAUUAUUUAACGUACUAGUACCAAUUGCAGAACAAUCUAAAAUAAGGAAAAAGAAACAUCCAACAAAAUCAGAAUGAUUCAAAAAUACAUUUGAAAAUGGCUUUAUAGAUGCCAAUAAGUCCUCUCUCAGUUGGACACUUGAUUUAUCCACUAACAUAUUCUUGAACAAAUUGUUUCAUUUAUCACAAAAUCACAUUUUUGAACUCUUACAAAAAUCUGAAUUAGGUUAAAGGUUAAAGUUACAUAUUAAGAUAAGUGACAACAUAUUUAAGUCAGACAUCUUUAUUUAUAUCCAUUGUGUAAUUGGUUGAGAACAAAAUGACCCAAAAAUAGUUAAAGGACACCAAACUCAUCAACCCAUUGAGGGCUGGAUUCAAAAUCACACCAAAAAUCGAAAUGAUCCAACUCAAAAAGUCCAACGUACCCUGAAUGUGCACUUGUGUACUAAGUGACAUUCCAUGGCUGCAGAUGACAUCAUUCCCUCCAAGAAACAUCUCAGAAAUGUUUACUUAGUAAAUAUGACAUCCCUGUUUUUCCAGACCCAAGGCCUCUUACUUCAAGGGUUCUCACUUUGAAACAGAAAGCUUUAAUGUGCAGUCUGACGUUUGCUUCUAUGGAGUCCACUGCGUCAGAGCCACGGCCCCCCCCAUGAGUACGAUGUGUGUCCUGUCUGUAGAGGAACAGGAUCAUGCUGCAUCAUGUGAAGCAGAGAUGAAAUGAUCUGUGUACACUAAGAAGACACUUGUCAUAAUAUAGUGUCCUUUGUGUUCACGACAAUUCAUUCUUCCUCUGCUGUGAUUGGACGGUUCAGUGGCUGUGUGACAACUAUCCAAACUCUUAAUUUCCUCUUCCGCUACUCAUGGCCUUCAUCAGUGGAUAUAAUAAUACUACUACUCAGAAGUCUGUGAGCAAACCCCAUCUACUGAUGAAGACUGAGAGUGGUUUGAAAGCUCUAAAUGAUCUGGUUACUGUGCUAGAGUUUUGCUUUCAACUGAACAUGUGUAAAACCUAGAGCUCAAAAAGACACUCAGAAAAGGUUUAGGUUAAAUCAUUUAAAAUAUAGAAUUCAUUUAAUGUUGAUAUCCAACAAUACACAUUUGUAAUAAAAGCUCUGGAUGAAAGUGAUCUCCACCUAUUCCAAACCCACUGCAAUCCAUCCUCAUGAACAUUCAGUACCCAGAUCCUGAGAAACACACACAUCCCAUUCAUUACACAUUUAACACACACCAUGCUGACACACUACAAACACUAUAUGUACUAAAUCUUUUGAUUUGGCUUCCUGAAAUAUAUGGUUCUUUGAUUUUGUAGUUUUAUUGUAAAGAUGUGCUGCUCUUGUAAUGUUGACUGUAUAUUAAAAGAGAUAAACAUA